ACUUGACAUUCAAUAUUGACAUCACACGUGUCACUGCGCAUUUCCAAUUUUAAGACAAAAAUGUAUAAACUGGGUUUGCGCGUACUUACAUAUUUUUAUAAACUCAAAACUUUGAAGAAGCGAAUAGUGUAACAGUAAAUACUGAAUAUUUGAAUGAGCGUCGAAGACGUAAUUGCCCAACGACCAAUCAACAAUUCGCGGCAAAUCUCCAGUUCGUUUACGUCACAAGUGUUUGUUUUCGGUGACGAUUUUUUUUGCCGCUUUGAGAGUAGUCUUCGCAGCACGCAGCAGUUGAUCAGUACUCAGUAGCACUCGGUAGUCAAUAUCGGUCAGAACUUAGUAGUGGUGUGGGAGCGGCUUUGUCGUGAAGUCGUGGAGUUUUCUCUGGUUAUGGUCAUAACCUCACUUUCGGUUCUCAGGAAGCAAGAAGGUCAAGUUCGUAUUUACAGGCAACGAUGAAUUUGUCGUUUGCCGGCUGCGGGUUCCUCGGUAUUUACCACGUCGGUGUCGCCGUGUGUUUUAAGAAAUAUGCACCACAUUUGUUAUUGGAUAAGAUUAGCGGUGCAUCAGCUGGUGCUAUAGCAGCAUGUUGUCUACUUUGUGAUUUACCCCUCGGGGAGGUGACUAGCAAUGUUUUGAGACUCGCAAAAGAAGCUAGACAACGAGCACUUGGUCCUUUCAGUCCUUCCUUCAAUGUCCAGGAUAUUCUACUAGAGAGUUUGCAAAAGUUUCUUCCUGAAGACGCUCACUUAAAAGUGAACGGGAAACUUCACGUUUCUCUGACGAGAGUAUACGACUACAAAAAUGUUAUUGUUUCACAGUUCAAUUCGAAAGAAGAUUUACUCCAAGCUCUUCUCGCAAGUUCGUUCAUUCCAGUCUUCUCUGGUUUGUUGCCUCCCAGAUUUCAUGGCAUUAGGUACAUGGAUGGAGGUCUCAGCGACAAUCUUCCCAUCCUCGACGAAAAUACGAUCACAGUCAGUCCAUUCUGCGGGGAAAACGAUAUUUGUCCCCGAGAUAUUUCCUCGCAAUUAUUCCAUGUAAAUGUUGCAAAUACGAGCAUCGAAUUAUCAAGACAAAAUAUUUAUAGGUUCGCGAGAAUACUUUUCCCUCCAAAGCCAGAGAUUCUCUCAAAAAUGUGUAAGCAAGGGUUUGAUGACGCCCUGCGUUUUUUGCAUCGAAAUAAUUUAAUCAACUGCACGCGAUGUUUGGCUGUACAGUCGACUUUUGUUGUUUCCGAAACUUUGGACGACAUGAUGGAAUACGAUCCAGAAUGCAUGGAAUGUAGAGUGCACAGAGAAGAGGCAUUAGUAGCAAACUUGCCUGAAACGCUCAUGUCGAUAUUCCAAGAUGCAAUCGAUUCAGCAAACAAGGGAAUUGUUAAUUGGCUUUUUAAACAUAGGAGCGUCAAACUUUUGUCUCUUUUGAGUAUUCCGUAUACUUUACCAGCUGAUGUCGCUUACGCAACCUUCACAAAAUUGUUACGUUAUUUUUCUACAUUCGUGAUGAAUGCUCCGAAACUGAGGAAGAAUCUUUUAGAAGUAAGCCGGUUCUUAUUGGAACAUUUGAGCUUACUUUUCCCAAAAAUCAACUUUUAUUAUCUGCCGAUGUCGCAAACUAUCAAAUGCCAUUUAAAUAUUACGGAAUACAGUCCGAGUGAGUUCGAAUUUUACGGCUUUGACGACUCGGAUGAUGAGGAAGGGAUAUUUAAUCAGAAAGAGAUGCUGAAUUUGACUCUCCGAUAUAACAAAUCUUGGAAGGACCUCACGCAAUCUUCAAAUUGUAUUAUUAACAUGUCAGACUUAACGCCGAUUGACGACACUUUUGAAAACAUUCUUCAAGCGACAUCGGAUCAAGAAGCGUUGAUGGCGUAUUAUUACAUGGACGAAGAUAAUAAAGUUCGUGUCACAGAAAUAUUCGAUGUCACGGACGCUGAUAAACAUUCGCCUAUGGAACUCGAAGUUGACUCAAAUGUACAAAUUGAUGAGUGGGACGAACCCGCGUGGAAAGCAAAGCACACUAUAACCGACGUUGUGUCUCAAAUGCCUUACGUCAGCAAUAAUACUCGACGAAGUUCAGAAGAUUCUUCCGACAUUUCAAUCGACGAAGAUGUCAUUGACGGUUUCAACAUUUUCUCCGAUCCAGAAAGCGAAUGGGGAAUGGAACAAUGCAACAAUGUCCAAACAUCCCUUCCUUUAAAUUCUCCAUCGGAUAGUCGACCCGAAGUUGAUCAACCUUCGAACACGUCCACUUAGAUAUUUUUAAAACGAUUAAUUCAAUUCGAAAAAAGGAAUUUAAGUUAAAAAGACUAUUUAAGUUUGCGUGCAAAGUUUCUCGAACAAAGAAAUUUUGAUAUUGAAAACCAUAAAUAUCGAAAUUCGUAAAUACAUUAACGAACGGGUGAGUACAUAAAAAUUUGUGACUACUUUAGAAAGCUGGCGACUUUUUUUACCCAUAUUUUUCGACUCCAAAAUAUCUCAAAAUUUAAGGAAAAACAAAUUUGCGAACAGAAUUUCUAGUCUAGUUUGUUCAAUUUUGUAAAAGUUUAAAGCAAGUAAAUCUCCGUCGAUAAAAUUGUUAAUAGGUGGUUUAGUUUUUUGUUUUAAAUUUUAGUUUCGAUAAGAAUUAUAAUUUUGAAAUACUCUUUGUAGAUAAUGUAAGAAACUGUACCAUUUUAUUUUGUAAAACCAUUUACAUUCGAAAAUUUAUAUUAUUCAUAGUUUUUUUUAAAUUAAUUUUUCAUUCUGGGAGCAUAAUAUCCUUUAAAUUUAAUGUACCCUUCUCUUGAAGUGCAACGAAUUUUGGGCAAUAUCCCAAUGGCAAAUUUACAAUUAAUUAAGUCUGAUUGUAGAAAACGCAUGGUUUAUACUUCAUAUGUAUGCCUUGCCGUAGGUUGUGUUAAAAAACUCAAUAAUUUUUUUUCGAGAGAGGCGCCUCCUCAUCUCCCUGGUGAAAAUAUUUAAAGCUUUCAAUUUUUUACUUCCUAAAUUUGCAGUCAAAAUUUGAAAUUUUUAUAAUUUUAUGGUUUAAUGUUUUCUAGGGAUUUGAUUAAUGAAGCAAGUAUAGUAUUCUCUUCUUAUGAGUGAGACAGAAAUUGUGAUUUCACCCUGUUGUACUCAACUUAUUUUUAUUGCCAGAGUAUAAUAUAAUAGGUCGUAUUUUUAAAUCGGCACUCGAGUUAAUCCCAUCGAACAAAGUUUAUUAAGACGUUUGAUAAUGUAGACAAAAGACUGGAAAAUUAUUUCAUAACGUAUACUGGGAUUCGGGAGGGCGGAUUUUAAAAAUAGACGCUAGUUAGUGGCCCUAAGACUAAAAUAGCAUGCAGCUGGGUCUGAGUGCUCACUUAAUAUUCUUCCAUUAAUAUAUCCCUCGCUGCGCAAUGCAACGAUACCUUCAACUAUUCAGUGAUAUUUAUUUAUGAGGCAAUGCAUUGUAUAUUAAAUUAUUUAGCUUAAUUCUCUUUAUUUAAUUCACUGGAGAUAGAUUUCUUUUCUAGUCUAGAACAAUUGAUAAGCAUUCCCUGAUUAGAAGUUAAAUAACGAAUUAAUAUAUUUUUGUACUCCGUUCUUAAAUAAAGCGCUCGUCUAUGUUAUAAAAUCUGGAAACAUUCAAUGUUUUAAUAUGAAAAUUUAAUAUUGAUGAGGCCAGUGAUGGUUUUUUGACUGAAUUUGUCGAGCUGGAAGAAUAAGUAGUGAGUCAAGUAAUUGAUAAUAAAGGCGUAUUUAAUAUUUCCAGAUUACAUGUGAUUUUUAGAAUUACUCUUUGGUUGUGUAACGAGUUGUGGUCGUAAGUGUGUACCAAUACCAGUGAAAGGCUACAAUGGCACAUUGUUUGAAGAGAAUCGAGACGGUCACGUUAUCUCUUUGACAUGUGGGUAAUGUUAGAUAUCGCUAUCGACACUCAAAACAACAAGUAUCUUUUUUGUUCUGAAGCCGAUUGAGUUCCAUUGAUAAGAAACAAAGAGAAUAGGAGACGAUUGAUUUAUUUAUUGCAGUUUACGUAGAGCGCAAAUUAGCCCGAAAAUUUCGACUGUAUUGUAUACCGUCGAUGAUUAUAUUUUUAUAACUCACUCUUUGCAGGUUUCACCUUGUCGAUCUCUGUAAAGUAUUUUGUGCGUAACAUAAACAGGUUCCAAUGACUAA